GAUUAUAACAGAAAUAAUAAAGAAAAUAAUCGUGAAGACAAAGGAUCAAAUGAAAAAAAUAGCGGAGAGGCCAGUGAAAAAAAUGGUGACGGAAGCAAUAGAAGAAACGGUGAGGGAAGCAGCAAAAAAAGCAAUGAUGAUGAAUAUAGAGAUUCUAGCAAAGACGACGAUAAUAAGUAUCUUUUAUUUGCCUCUACGGCAGCAGCCAAAGUUGCAAACACUAUACCAGAAAUUGAACAAGCAUUCAGCAUAAAUGCUCGCGUCUGGGCAAACAUUUCUAAUAAAAAUAAUGAGCAGAAUAUUAAGUUUGAGGUUUGGUUAUUUGAUUGUAGAAUGGAUGAGCUGCUCAGUAAACAAUGGAAAUUACUUGAUGGGAAAGCUAUUGCCUAUAUUUUUGAUUCUGUUGAAAUUAGUGUUUCUCCAAAUCCAAGCAAAUUUGAUGCGAUUAUGCCAGAGAAUACUUACGAACCAUUACUACCCAACCAAGAGACUGAACGUUCAAAAGGUAAAGAGACAAGCAAAAUUAUUGGUGGUAAAGUUGGAUUUGAGAUUGGAACGACGUCUAAGGUUGUAGCCGAAGCAAAUCUUAAUUAUAGUGCAAAGAAUACCCAUAAUAACAAAUCAGUAACAAGUGAAUGGGAUUUAGAGACCAAAGGAAGCAACAAAUCUGGAAUUUAUUGGUUAUAUACUACUGAUAAGAAUGCCUAUAGAACUGACUUUCCAUUUUUCGACAAUCAUCAUCGUGGCAAUUGGGCAAUUUGA